UAAACGUUCACCCUUUUUGAGAGAAAUGGAAAUGUAUCUUACAAUUCUUACGUUGACGUUGAUUGCUUUGCAUACCGUCUCGAUAUUUGCUUUUUAUAUGUCGGAUGAGAAGAUUGUGUCAUUCUGUGGCAUUGUAAUAUUCGGACUUGUCUCACCAUAUGUAUUUAGUUGCAUGAUCAAUGAGCUCACCAUACAUAUUUUCUACCGGGUGUUUUCAAGAAUAGUCAAAUAUUACUGCGUCAUUUCAAUCAUCGUUGCUGUAAAUGUGAUCAAACCGUUCGAAAGUUAUGUUAUGUGCUUCGUGGUUCUAGCACUUAUAGCAAUUGUGGACAUAUAUAGGGCAUAUAUGGUUGAGUACGCGAAAGACAUGUACUGUAAACGACUUAGUAGCGGUGUUAUGAAAUAUAUCGUGGAUUUCGAGAAGUACGUACUAUUCGAGCUGGGUGUAAUUAAUGAGGAUGCGCUAGGUACACAUCAAGAAACGAUAAAGACCUUUUGGAAACGAGGCAGCCCUACGCCUUUAGACCCCGAAGUAGCUUUUAGACGUUGGUCAGGAAAAACUGAACCAGGUCGAAUCAGAAAAGAACUGCCCAGAGAUCUUAACAGGGAUGAGCUGGCAGAUGUUCUUGGUUUGAACCGAAAUGCAAUUGCUGAAGAUAUAGUUGAUGAGACUUCUGAAUUUUGUACCGAACAGUCAUACUAUAGAGCUCGAAACGAUAGAGAAUUCGAUGUAGUCAGUCAACAGGGUCUUAGGAUGUUGAAAACAAUCACAAGGGUCCCAAAGCUUUCGCAUCUCGAGAGCUUCAAGACCAUAAAACAGCUUCCGAGCAGCGAGUUGGCAUUAAUAGCGAAGAAGUAUCGGUUUAGAACUAUACUUGAUGAGGAAAAGCAUGCUGAGCGGAACUAUGACACAAGUCUCUUUGGGGUGGUCACGCUGCAUUCGCUCAGAAAGCGUUUUAAAUUGAAAGAUGCAAUAACUAUUUAUCGAAUGGUCUCACAUGGCAUUCAAGGUGAUGUGUCCUACGAACAUUUCAGGUUGAAUAUCAGGCAAGUUAACGUUGAAAGAGAUAAUCUGUACUCCUCAAUAGGGUAUUAUAAACAUUUAACGAAAGUGCUUACCACGUUUUCAGCAAUUAUAAUUGUAAUCAUCAUUCUUAGCUUGUCGCCCCUUAUAUUGAAGAUGACAAUUCCCUACAUAAGGAUUCCCACACCAAUACUGUUGUUCGGCUUUCUUGCGAUUUUGAAGGAACCACUUACCUCCUUCAUCUUUAUCAUAUAUUCGCAUCCGUUCGACUCGGGGGACCGUGUGGUGAUUCGCGGUGAUACCCAUAUGGUUCAGCAAAUGAAUAUUUACAACACGAUGUUACAGAAAUGGAAUGGCGAAAUAAUUUCAAUAAGCAACAAAUGGCUAGCUAAUCAUAUUACCAAGAAUUAUAGAAGAAGUAAAAGACAAAAAUGGGAGAUUUUUGUAAUUAUAGCUUCCAAUACACCCGUGCAAAAAGUUGAUGAGCUGAAGAAAAAGUUAAGAAAUUUAGUUAAAAAGCACAAAGAUGACUAUUUGAAAAUAACGUGCAACAUUGUUAACAUUGAGAAUAGUAACAAAAUCAAAUUGGUAAUUUACAUCACACAUGUAACAAACUUCCAGAUAGGACUUUACCGAUGGAAAAGACACACUAUGUUCAUGCAAUAUCUCAUAGAUUAUCUUACCAAGCUAGAAAUUGAAUAUCUGCCAAUAGACAUGCCUGUAAAAAUCGAUGAUUGUAGCGUUAACGAUGAGCUGUUCAUGGAUAUGUAUGGUGCUAACUAAUUCAGUGGAUGUGUCUUAAUAACAAGGUAUUUUAUCACCUAUAUCUGGUUAGCAUACACGAAUCGUUAUAAUAUGACAAAUUUACGCGAUUCUUAAUCUCAAAAACAUCAUCAUACAAAUAAAUCUUCCGUGACACGCGGAACAUCCGAGUUAUGUACGAAAUAUGCUUAAUUCAGCACAGGAUCUAUCGAGAACCAUGCCAGGUUGAUCAUGAAUAAAAAUGCAAUUAGUAAUCAUCAUGUAUUCGAAAACAUGCAUAUGAUCCGAUUAUUUAUUUGUUAAUAUCCUUAUUUUUAU